AUGGGAUGCUGUGAAAGCAGAUCUUAUCUUAAUUCAGAAAAGGCUACAACUAUGAUGAGAUUUAGACUACCCAGACGAACUGCAAAUACAAAUCCUGUGCUUUUGCAAGAGUUUUACGUUCAUGCUGUCACCACUGAAGAAGACAAUAACACAAACCUUGACCUCUCUUAUAUAAAAGACGAACCGUUAAUAAUAGAACUCAUAAAUUUCAGGGAAGAAAAGAACUGGAGUGAAAUUGCCAAAUUUUUAGGAAAAAUCAGUUCUGCCUGUGAUAUCAGAAAUAGCAAAAUUAACGGUUGGGCCCAUAAGCCAGAAAGUAUUGGCUGCUUAGCUUUGGCAUAUCUAGCAGAAGCUGCAUGCGAAUCUGCCUCUGCAAUUCAACAAAUUUUGCCGGAAAUAUUAAAAUUUAUUGUAGAAUUUAUUAGUUCGAAUAGUGAAGAUUUGCGCGACUAUUCUUUAUUACUUUUAUAUCAUUCCUUAGAAAUAGAAAAUGAUACAGUAUAUACUGACCUCAUAAAAAGGGACAUUUUUCCUAUUCUAGUUCCUUUGAUAUCACACAGCAUUCGACAAAUCCGAUUAUUAUCAGCAGCAAUAUGUGCGAGGCUAUACCGAAGCCGUGAAAUUGCCCAAAAUUUAUUUAUAAAAUACAAUGGCGAAAAAGAGUUAAUACAGCUACUGAAAAGAGAUGGGGAUUCUGAUGAAAUUUUGUGUAUCCUUUUAGAACAUAUUAUAGAUUUAGUCCUGGUAAGAGAUAUGUAG